AACCUCGACACCGCAACUCUCCUUCGUUCUCACCGAACCCUCAGAAUCUCUUUCAUACCUGUGGAAACCCAUUGGACCCUUAUCACAGACUCAACUUGCGAACUGCAACGCAGCCUACCAAAAAAUGAAAAGAGAAAGGGAAGACGAUGACGCAGAGCGCAAGGGGUCACAAGAGGUCCGUACUGCACCUUCAUGCCCUUCUUUUGGCAGCAUGUUCCUUGUCCGUGAACCAUUUGUCCAAUGCUCAACAGUCUUCGGCAGGGAGCAGCAGCAAGCGCGCAUCCCCUGCCAGCGGUUACGGUGCUAACGAAGACGCCGCAAUCAAGGCACUAGUGAUGGCUAAAGUAGACUGGGAAAAUGUGACAAGGGUGAUCAACCAGCUGUUUGGAACCAACAGAAGCCGCCAGGCCGUGUACCGGCAUUGGUUGCGCAACCUUAAGGGUGGGAUGCCGCCUGGAUGGGGUGCAUGAUGGGUUGACAACAAUGCUUAUGUUCCGAAGUACGUUUCCAACUUUGUCGGCUGUACAUUGCGCGAGGCGUCAAGAACGGUUGCUACACAUAUCCCCUCUUCCAGUUUGACUUCGUCAGUCAUUCAUAUACCCCAACCCAUUCACCCAACGACAGGUCUCA